AUGUCCCAAUAUGCCGCGGAGUUGUGCACGCUCCUAGUUGAAGAUAAUUUUGGAGAUUUAUUCGGACGGAUAUAUUCGACUCUUGUCCAAUACGGUCGUCUUUCGCUCCUACGACUUCGAGAACAUUCAAAAGUCACACACAAACAACUGCUCCAUGCUCUUGCCGCGCUCGUGCAGAUGCACCUGGUGCACCAUUUUACCUCUAUUGAUGAUGGAUUCACCUACUAUGAAGCCAACGUGGACGGCGCGUAUUAUCUGAUACGGAUGGGGAAAAUCCUAGAAGUGGUGGAAGACAGGCUGGGCUCAUAUGCCGCGCGGGUCAUGUCUGCUAUUGCAUAUCACGGACAUAUCAUGAUAAGCGAUCUUGAAGCUCUUCAAGAACUUCAGGACGAUGCAGAUGGCAACGCUGAUGGAGAAAUGAAAAACGAAGAUAAUGAGAGCGAAAACACUGAGAAUGGUGUCGAGGGUAACGGCCUUACCAAUGGGGAUGGGGACGAUCAUACCGCAUCUAAUUCUCGAUUACAUUCGACGCUGAAUUAUUUAGCUGGACACGGCUAUAUUUGUCGCGUCAAAGAUGUCCAUUUUCACAGUCUUACAGAUAAUGCCCUGGAAGCCGAACGAGAAGCUAUUGGCUGGGCUGCCAAUUUGGACUCAAAAGGCAAGAAGAAAAGCGCGGAGAUUGAUGAGAAAAAGAGAGAAAUCCUUAACGACCGUAUGGAUGCUGAUCUGAGUGCCGGGCUGACGGCUUAUGCCCGCCCGCCCGUCAACAAACGACGACAGGAAAGUGGACAUUCCGAAAACCCCCACAAACGACGUCGUGUAGAGUCAGACGACGAAUCGGACAACGAGAACUCUUGGGAGGAGGACGAUGUCGAGGACAAGGAGACAUUACGGCCGACUCUUGUGGUUCGUGUAAAUUAUCAAAAAUUAGACGUGGUUCUCAGAAACCGUCGUCUCGUCGAACUAGCCCUACAGGGAACGUCACCAGCUACGGCCGAAGUGUAUGAAACUCUACUGCGUCUUAUUGAAUACAAAACGUCUUGUUGCCGAGAAGGUAUCGAAAUUCCUCGUGAAGGUGAGGAAAGUGAAACAGGUUCGGUAGCAAUUACAUUACAGCGACUUGCAAACGAGAUUGAUCCUCGUCUCGAUCUUAAGGGGACUCUUGGACCGCUAGCGAACCCACAAACAACCAAGAACAACAAACGAACGUUAGCAAACGGUGUAAACGGAAAUCAUCACGGGGACCUUGACGAAGAUGACACAGAAACGACACGAACCCAUGAUGUCGAUCAGCAUCUCAAUAUCCUGGCCCUGCCACCGUACAGUCUAUCCACGCGGCGUGGCGGUCAGGGCUCCGUACCAGCAUGGUACGUGGAAUACCGACGCCUUGCCCGUCAACUACGCCACUUUGAGAUUGAACGCAUAGUAGGGAUAAGAUUUGGGAAAUUGGCGCUUCGAGUGAUUCGGAUUUUGCUCUCGGUGGGAAAACUGGAUGAGAAGCGCUUACAGGAGGUCAGCCUCAUAGCGCAGAAGGAUCUGCGCCAAGUCCUUGCUCAAAUGCAGGAAAAUGGAUUUGUGGACCUGCAAGAAAUCCCUAAAGAUGCACAACGCAUUCCUAAUCGAACAGUUUAUCUGUGGUUCUAUGAUCCGGACCGAGUUGGUCGAAACGUACUCCAUGACAUCUACAAAGCAAUGUCACGGUGUCUGCAACGCCUACGCUUUGAACGGAACCGGUUGAAGGAUUUCCUUGACAAGACAGAGCGUAUUGACGUGAGAGGAAAUGAAGAAGAAUAUCUCACUGAAGCAGAACUAGAGACUUUGCGACAGUGGCGCGAAAAGGAAGCUCUGAUGCUUGGAGAGAUAUCUCGGCUGGACGAUCUCGUUGCUGUUUUUCGGGAUUUCUAACCAGCAUUCCCUUUUUAGAAAAAAAUCCUCUUCUUCGCUCCUUCACGUUAUGGCGUGUAUUCCUCCAAAAGUCCAAAAACUCUUGAUGCAUAGCGUGGCUGUAUUUAUAGGCGAGAUUUUCGCUCAUUGGGAGUUGCUGAUUUAUCCAACAUGUGUAUUCAUUCCGUCAUGGCAUCUAUGAUUCUGCUGGGGCAUAAAAUAGUUUCCGUGGCAAGAUGAAUGAUAUAUAGGUGACUGAUGGU